CAUCCACACGUUGCAAGCCCCAUAACCUCUCUCUUUCUCUCUUCCUUUCUGUCAACUUUAGCUCUUUAAAUAUUUCUCUCAUUCUUUGCUUCUUCGUUACAUUAAACAUUUUCUCACUCUCUCAAACCACACAAAGAGACACACAGAGAGUAAACUAACUUAAAGCUAUGAACAAGCAAGGUUUCAAGAGACUUCAGUUUAGGAGAUGGGGAAAGCGAAUCGGAAGCUCAACGACAGCUUCAGCGACGCUACGAAACUCAAAGGAAAGAAGAACGAUUGUGGCGUUUGCGUUCUCAUGUUGUGGAAAACCACCUCGCGUUCUCCUGAAGCAGUUUGUUUGGAGGUUGAAAUCACGUUUAAGGUGGUCGCGGAAGAGUGGUAGUAAUAAUAUCCAGUGUAGCUAUGAUCUCCGGAGCUAUCAUCUGAAUUUCGAUGACUGUUGGUCUCGUCGACGGUGAUUUUAAGCAAACAAAUUGUUAUUAUUAUCUUUUGAGCCUUUUUUAUUUUCAUAUACGUAUAUACUUAAAGUCUCAAUCUUAUAUAAAAAGGCAUUUCAAGAAUAUUCGUGUACGUUCUUUUUCAUAUGGUUAAUUUUGUUUCUUA